CUGUGCGCUCUGAGUCUGCUCCACGUCGUGUUGUCACCCCGUCCGGGACUUUUUCUGUCUUUCAAGAACACGCUCGUUUGACUUCAGCGCUAAAAAAAUGGCACCAAAGAAGGACGUUAAGGCUCCCGUCAAGAAGGCCGAACCGGCGGCGGCUCCCGCCAAGAAGGCCGAACCAGCGGCGGCGCCCGCACCCGCACCCGCAGCCGCACCUGCUGCCAAAGCCGUGGACCUGUCCGCCGUCAAGAUUGAAUUCAGUGCCGACCAAAUUGAAGACUACAAGGAGGCCUUCGGUCUGUUCGACAGGGUCGGUGACAACAAGGUGGCCUACAACCAGAUCGCCGACAUCAUGCGUGCUCUGGGACAGAACCCCACCAACAAGGACGUCAGCAAGAUGCUGGGGAACCCCUCUGCUGAAGACAUGGCCAACAAGAGAGUGGUGUUCGAGGGCUUCCUGCCCAUGCUCCAGACCAUCAUCAACAGCCCCAACAAGGCCGGCUUUGAGGACUACGUUGAGGGUCUGCGCGUGUUCGACAAGGAGGGCAACGGCACAGUGAUGGGCGCUGAGCUGCGUAUUGUCCUGUCAACACUGGGGGAGAAGAUGAACGAGACUGAGAUUGACGCUCUUAUGGCGGGUCAGGAGGACGAGAACGGCUGCAUCAACUACGAGGCCUUUGUCAAGCACAUCAUGUCAGUCUGAGGGCGGCGAGCGUGGGGAAUGUGCAGACCCCAUGGUGUCGAGACAUUCACCCGCACCGCAGCAGCAGCGCAAACAAAGGACUAUGAGAUGUUAUUUCUGAAUCCUUCCAUUCUUUUGUUGGGUUUUUUUCCUCCUCGUCUCCGACUGGUGCUCUUUUAGGCUUCUCCAGAUGUGGGAGCCGCUCUACCCGUCCCCCUAAAAAAACCAAAAAAAAAACACCUGUGUCUGGAUCGGGGGUGUCACAUGUUUUCCGGAGGACUAAGCGGCCAUUCCUCCGUCUUAACUUACCCUUCUCUCCUCACAAUAAACUUUUCACGAGUUCCCAUUUUA